AUGUCACAUCCAUCAACAUUCAGACGAUCACAAACCGACAUCGGACCGCCUGCCUCGAGUCCGUUGCGGCAUGAUUCUGUUGCUUCCACGACAAGUUCAUCUGCCUACUCUGUUUUCUCGAAUAAUGCGGCCCCAAGUCGAAGUAGCACCAUCUCAUCGAAUGCUUCUUCUCUGAAUAAUUUGGGCCACAAACGUGGCAUGAGCGAAGUCAGCGUGUUGACCUCAACUACUUCAACCAUGCACGACAGACGCCCUUCUGCAGCCGAAACCUAUGGGAAUAUUCGACGCUCUUUGCGCCCACUACCUCAAGCACCUAACGCUUCCCCAAAAAGCUCACUAAAAGAAGGCUCAACGCGCCAUGUUAGGAGCUACACCAUCGAUGAUACAGUAUAUCGAAAGUCUGUAUCUCCCGCAGGAACGCCCGAGCGCAAAAUCAGAUGGCAAGAUGAAGACCAAUCUCCGCAGCUGAACACAGAAUUCUCCUUCCCAGUAUCAACGCCUCCACGACCGCGCUCGCAACAUUCUUAUGGCCAGAAUAGCCCUCUUGCACCCAACUUGACUACAUCCAUUACAGCUCCAGAACUCGAGACAUUUCAAAAGUCAUCCACAGGCCACCUUCGAACUCUAUCAAAAUUUGCAAAAUCGGGAGAGACUGAGGAUUUCACAAUCGAUUCGGCCCUACCUUCAGUUGUCGGCCUGCAGGGUAGAAGACGGCUGAAACGAUCAGAUUCUAUUCGUAACACAACCGUCGCAAAGACCAAAAAUGUGUCGUCAUCCUGGGCAGCUGGCAACUGGAUGGACAAGCAGAGGCAGUUUCUUCAGGCCUACGAAUAUCUUUGCCAUAUCGGAGAAGCAAAAGAAUGGAUAGAAGAUGUUAUCCAAAAAGAAAUCCCGCCCAUCGUUCAGCUUGAAGAGGCCCUCCGCGAUGGUGUAACCUUGGCCGAGAUUGUUCAAGCUCUAUAUCCUAAUAGGAUGUUGCGAAUCUUUAGAAAUCCACGCCUGCAAUAUCGACACUCUGACAACAUUGCGCUGUUCUUUCGCUUUCUCGAUGAGGUUGCACUGCCUGAUAUAUUCCGUUUCGAGCUAAUCGAUCUCUACGAGAAGAAGAAUAUUCCGAAGGUUAUUCACUGUAUCCAUGCUCUUUCAUGGUUGCUUUAUAAAAACGGUAUCGUCGCAUUUCGAAUCGGAAACUUGGUCGGUCAACUACAAUUCGAACACCAUGAGCUCGAACAGACUCAAAAGGGAUUGGACAAAGCAGGUGUCAGUAUGCCUAGUUUCUCUGGCAUGGGCGCGACAUUUGGCGCCGAACCUGAGCCUGAACCGGAACCGGAGCCCGUUGAAACCGAGGAAGAACGUAUUGAGCGCGAACUGCACGAAAAUGAGGAUCCUAUAAGUGACCUCCAGACGCAGAUCCGAGGCGCUCUAUUACGGGUCAAAUUGGGCAAAGUCAUGAAUGAGCUUUGGGGAAAUGAACAUUUGAUUGUCGACCUCCAGUCCAGAAUACGAGGUGAUUGGGCACGUCAGAUUUCUGGUUAUCGUUUACAAAUGCGCCAAUUUGCUGUGAAUCUCCAGGCUGUCUCUAGGGGGUUCUUGGUACGAGCUCGCAGACAGAGUAACGAGGAAUGGUGGCAGCUCAAGGAACCGGAGGUCUUGAAAAUACAGAAACUUGUCAGAGGUCGCAAAGCGAGGGCCCAGAUAUCACAACUAAAGACGAAGAUGCGACGUGAGGAAUCCGGAGUAAAAUCUAUUCAAGCGGCUAUCAGGGGUGCCCUGCAACGAAAACACGCGUCCGACCGAAUUCAGCAGACCAAAGGUGCGGAAAAAGAAGUAAAGAGUCUUCAAGCAGCUAUUCGAGGCAUGCAAGCACGUCGAUCAGUUGGUGAGACGCUAUCUCAGCUAGAGCACCAAGUUCCAUCAGUUCUGUUCCUCCAAUCAGUUAUUCGAGCCUCAGCUCAAAGGGCUCAUAUGGCAGGUCUAAAACAGAAGCUGGCGCAGAAUGAAGAUACAUUAUGCACUCUACAGUCCUCUAUUCGUGCUGCAGCAGUCCGCAAACAUCUCAAGUCCCUGCGCGGUCAACUCAGCGAACAUCAAGGAGCGGUUGCGGAUCUGCAGAGUAUCGUUCGUGCCAACGCAUUGAGGUCCAAAAUCGACGAAUUCAAGUCCUCCUUAGCCAAAACGGAACCAGAGGCACUGCGCCUUCAGUCCAUGACUCGUGGGAUGUUCUUACGGAAGCGAGUCGCCUCUGAUCUUCAAAUCCUUGAGGAAAACACGCCGCUAUUCACAACCUUGCAAUCUCUCACACGGGCCGCCCUAGUGCGAAGAGAUAUUGGACAGAUUCUUUCGCAACUGGAAGAAAAUGAAGAUGAAGUAGUCCAACUUCAAGGACUUAUUCGAGCAAUGCUUGUUCGCAUCAAUGUAGGCAACAUCUUGUCUGAUCUAGAGGCCGAAGAAGACAUUGUCAUGGACCUUCAAGCACACAUUAGAGGUUAUCUUAUUCGACUACGAUUUGCUGAAAAGCAACGCUUCUUCCGAGAAAACAUGGAAAAGGUUAUCAAAGUCCAGAGCUUCGUCAGAGGCAAGAUCCAAGGUCAGGCAUACAAAAGCCUUACAAGUGGAAAGAAUCCUCCUGUGGGCACCAUCAAGGGCUUCGUCCAUUUACUCAAUGAUAGUGAUUUUGAUUUCGACGAAGAAAUUGAGUUUGAGAGACUCAGAAAGAACGUUGUGCAGCAAGUCCGGCAAAAUGAGAUGGCAGAUCAGUACGUCUCACAACUGGAUAUCAAGAUCGCACUGCUCGUCAAGAACAAAAUUACUCUGGAUGAAGUUGUCAAGCACCAAAAACAUUUUGGUGGACACGUCGGAUCUCUGCUGAAUAACAACAUCUUGUCAAAGGAUCCGUUUGAUCUCAAGGCAUUGAACAAGACCUCACGAAAGAAGCUCGAACAAUAUCAGGUGCUGUUUUUCUUGCUGCAAACCCAGCCACAGUACCUCGCCAGGCUGUUCCGAAAGUUACGAGAACAGAAUACCAGCGACAAGGAGUAUGAAAAGACAAAGCAUAUCAUCAUGGGUCUUUUCGGUUACGCACAGAAACGACGGGAAGAAUACUAUCUCAUCAAGUUGAUCACACGCUCCAUCAAGGAGGAGAUACUGGGCUGCCCAUCUUUGCAAGACUGGGUUCGGUGUAACUCAUUCUGGCUCAAGUUAUUCGUGGCAUACGUCAAGUCUCCAAGAGACCGGAAGUUCUUACGCGAAAUUCUCAAUCCUAUUGUCAAAGAGUGGAUUCUUGAGAACCCAGACAUAGACCUUGAGAGCGAUCCCAUGCAAAUCUACCGCACCGCUAUCAUCAACGAAGAACUCCGGACUGGACAGAAGAGUCGACGGCCUCUUGAUAUACCCAAAGAAGCCGCCAUUCGCGAUCCCGAGACACGAGCUAUUUUCAUUCAACAUCUUGAGAAUCUUCGUGACAUAUCAGAGCAGUUCCUUGGCAGAUUCCAUGAAGCGCUUCCUAAGAUGCCUUUUGGCAUACGCUACAUUGCCAAGGAAUUGUAUGAAAUGCUCCUUGCUCAAUACAACAACGAAGAUCCCGGCCUCGUACUUCAGGUAGCCGGACAAUGCAUUUGGAAGAACUAUCUCCAAUCCGCUGUCUUGGAACCUGAGAAGCAUGGUGUAGUCGAUCAUAGCUUGGACCCCAAGCACAAGAAGGACUUGAGUGAGAUCGCGAAGGUCCUCUCUCAAGUGGCAUCAGGCCGUUUGUUCGGCGAAGAGGGUGUCUUCCUACAACCACUCAAUCCUCACAUUGGUAACUUCAUUUUGCGCCUGGGUGACAUUUGGGGUGACAUGAUUUCCGUGCAAGAUGCAGAAUCCUACUUCGAUAUCGAUGAGUUCAACGAUUUGUAUGCGAAGACCAAACCGACUCUGUACAUUAAAAUGUCCGAUAUUUUCUCCAUCCACCAACUUGUUGCGUCCGAAAUCGACUUCUUAUGCACACGACCGGAUGACACCCUCAAGGAGAUUAUACGUGACCUCGGCAAUGUCGAAUCCAAUCAACAUGAGCUUAUGGCAGUCAGGUCUUCUGAAAUUAGUCUGACACUCAAUCCAAAGCUUACCAACAUGGAAGAUCCGGAAGCUGGCGUCAAAGCCCUAUUCAUGGAGACGAAAAGAUGUAUCCUUUACAUCAUCAGAGUUCAAUCUGGUGCCAACCUUAUGGAAAUUAUGCUCAAGCCUCCAACGGUAGAGGAUGAACAGCGAUGGUUGUCUCUUGUUCACGACGAGCUUUCCGCAAAUAACAAGAGGAAAGGCGCUUACUCUGAAGUAAACACAACUCUCGAUCUGAGCACUAUGAGCUAUGCGGACUUGAAGAGUGUUGCCCUCGAAAAUAUACUUCAAUUGGAGCAGUUUGGAAAGAUUAGCCGACAUAAUCAGUACCAAGAUAUAUUGAAUGCGAUUGCGGUAGACAUCCGAACCAAGCACCGCCGAAGGAUCCAACGGGAACGAGAGCUAGAGAGUGUGCGUCUAACUUUGUCAAGACUGAACGGCCAGGCCGAAUUUCUCGAACAGCAACUCAAGACUUAUAACGACUACAUUGAGCAUUCGAUGACCACUCUUCAGAACAAAAAGGGCAAGAAAAGAUUUUUAUUGCCCUUCACGAAGCAAUGGGACCACGAACGUGAACUUCAGAAAACGGGUCGGGUGUUUAAGCUCGGUUCCUACAAAUAUUCAGCACGCACUCUUGCUGAAAAGGGAGUGUUGGUGCACUGGAAGGGCUAUACGGAACGUCAAUGGGACCGAGUUGACCUCAGUAUUUCCAGUAACGAAGUGGGAGUGUUCAUUCUCGAUGGAAGUAGUGGCAAUAUGAUGAUACCCGGUGCCAAUGCCCAGGUACCACUCGAUGAUCUUUUACAAGCACAGUACAACAAUACCCAAUUCCUCGAUUUCUUCGAAGGCACUUUACGAGUGAAUGUUGAUUACUUCUUGCAUCUGAUCAUGAAGAAGUUUUACAACGAGUAA